AUGGCGAGCAGGAUGAUCGAUGGAGCGUCCAACACCAAUGUGGCUCAGCGCUUGAAGCAGAAGUCUCCCGAGUCGAGCCGCGUGCUUCGAAUCGGCGGAGUUCUUGCUGGGAUCGUGACGGUGAUGGUGGCGGGGACGACGGCGGUGGGAGGAACCAUGGUGGCGCUGUUGGUGGCGUCGCCGCUGCUCAUCUUGUUUAGCCCGGUGCUGGUGCCGCUGGCCAUCGCCGCCGCAGUAGUGCUUGGGUGUCUCGUCUCCUUCCUCGCGGUGGUGGCGAUGGUGGCGUGGCUGUACAAGUAUGUCAAGGGACGCCGCCCCGUGGGUGCUAACCAGGUGGACGCUGCCAAGAACCGCAUUGUGGACACGGCGUCGCAAGUCACCGAGAAGGCCCGCGAGGUUGGAUCCAACGUCAGUGGCUACCUCCACAACAAGACCAACGCGUGA